AUGUCGCCACCUCCAGAGCCCAUAGCCAUCAUCGGCGCAGGAUGCCGUUUCCCAGGGGCAUCUGAUAGCCCAUCUAAGCUCUGGGAUCUUCUCAAGGAGCCCCGGCCCCUGGCCGAAGAAAUCCCAUCAGAUCGCUUCAACGCCGCGGCCUUCUAUCAUCCGGUCGGCACCCGCGGCGGGAGCACCAACGUUAAAGAGGCUUACUUUAUCACGGACCAUAAUGUGCGACACUUUGAUGCACAGUUCUUCUCCUUCCCGCCAGCGGAAGCGGAGGCCAUCGACCCGCAACAUAGGCACCUUCUAGAGGUUGUCUACGAAGCCCUCGAGGAGUCGGGCCUCACCAUUGACGGCCUACAUGGGUCUAACACGGCCUGUUUUGUGGGUCAGAUGUGCAACGACUACUCGGCCUUGUCUAGCCGCGACUUUGACCACAUUCCAAAAUACAGCGCGCCUGGCAUCGCACCCAGUAAUGCGUCAAGUCGCCUGUCGUACUUUUUUGACUGGCACGGUCCCACCAUGACCAUCGAUACGGCCUGCUCUUCCAGCUUAAUCGCUCUUGCGCAGGCUGUCCAGGUCCUCCGCGCGGGCACCAGCGAUGUGGCCGUAGCAGCUGGGACAAACCUCAUCCUUGACCCACUGGCCUUCAUCUCAGAGAGCAACCUCGGCAUGCUUUCGCCGACCGGGCGCUCACGGAUGUGGGACUCGGCGGCGGACGGCUAUGCCCGCGGUGACGGCAUCGCGGCGGUGGUCCUCAAGACGUUGAGCGCAGCCAUCCGUGACGGGGACACGAUCGACUGUAUCGUAAGAGAGGUCGGGUGUAACCAUGACGGACGGACCAGGGGUAUUACCAUGCCCAGCGGCACCGCGCAGGCCGCGCUCAUUCGCGAUACCUACGCCCGGGCGGACCUCGACCCGAGAACCCCUGCCGGGCGAUGCCAGUAUUUUGAAGCCCACGGCACCGGGACGCCGGCGGGGGAUCCCCAGGAGGCUUCCGCGCUGGCAGCUGCGUUCUUUGGGGACAGCCAAGAUGAGACCAUGGCUGAUGGUCACGUCGACGACAACAUGCUUUAUGUUGGAUCCAUCAAGACGGUAGUUGGUCACACCGAAGGCACUGCCGGUCUGGCUGGUGUACUUAAAGCGGCCAUGGCCCUGAAGCAUGCCAUGAUCCCCCCGAACCUUUUACUUGAGGAGCUGAGCCCGUCUGUUCUGCCACACACGAAGCACUUGCGAAUUGUCAAGGAGGCAACGGACUGGCCGCGGGUCGAGCCCGGCGUCCCUCGACGGGCUUCCGUGAACAGCUUUGGCUUCGGCGGCAGCAAUGCUCAUGCAAUUCUGGAGGCAUACGAGCCGGAACAAGUAGAAGAAGAAGGCUUGCCGCAGCAGCAGUUCCCUCUUGUACCGCUGGUCUUUUCAGCCACCUCGGAGAAAAGUCUAAGCAAGUUGGUGUCCUCAUAUGUCCAUCACCUGCGUACCAACGAGUCCACCAUCAACCUCGACCACCUGCGCCAUACACUGAGUUGCAGGAGGUCCGCCUUGCCAGUCAAGACGGCCUUCUCGGGCACGACCGUAGAGCAUCUCGUGAGCAAGAUGGAGCACCAACUGCAACAAGCGGAUGCCACUUUCGGCGCCCGGUCACUGUCAAAACCUUCCGUCCUCGGCGUUUUCACCGGCCAGGGCGCCCAAUGGGCUACCAUGGGAUCACAUCUCAUCUCCACACAUGACCGAGCCCGGCGCCUGAUACAGGAGUUGGACGUGUCUCUCCAAACCCUUCCAGAGCCUGACCGACCGGACUGGAACAUACUAGAAGAGUUGUCCAAGGACAAGGAGUCGUCUCGCAUAGGCGAAGCGUGCAUGUCCCAGCCGCUUUGCACCGCCGUGCAGCUUGUCCUCGUCGACCUUCUCUUCAUAGCCGGUAUUCGCUUCACCGCUGUUGUGGGCCAUUCAUCGGGCGAGAUCGCCGCCGCUCAUGCCGCCGGCUUUCUGACACCCACGGAUGCCAUUCGCAUUGCUUAUUAUCGUGGCCUCCACGCAAAGAGUGCCGGCUCCACAAGCGAGACCAACAGCGACAAUGGGGAUGCUGACAUGCAAUCGCCAAAGGGCGCGAUGCUGGCGGUCGGGACGACGCUGGCCGACGCUCAAGAGCUCUGCGACCUGGGGGACGUGGAAGGAAAGCUCUGCGUGGCGGCGAGCAACUCGCCAUCUUCAGUCACCCUGUCCGGUGACGCCGACGCCAUCGUGCUCGCCAAGGCCGCCCUGGAUGAGGAAGGCAAGUUCACGCGCCUGCUGGCCGUGGACACGGCAUACCACUCGCACCACAUGCAGGCUCCGGCGCAGGCGUUUGAGCAGUCCCUCGCCAUGUGCGGCAUCACGGUGCAGAAGCCAGACGCGGACGCGCCGCUGUGGUUGUCGAGCGUGCGAGAGCGGACGGUCAUGACGCUGGACGACUUCAGCGAGGGCCUUCGAGGCUCUUACUGGGCUGAGAACAUGGUGCAGAUGGUCCGCUUCUCACAGGCGAUGGACUUCGCAGUUCAGACAUGCCUCCCUUCCGGAAGCUUCAACCUUGCCAUCGAGGUCGGGCCGCAUCCGGCGCUCAAGAAGCCUGCGCUUGAGACUCUCGAGGCAGCCGGGGUGAAGAAUGUCGAGUAUGUCGGUACGCUAGCCCGGGGCAAGGAUGACGUGUCGGCGGUGGCCGACUGUUUGGGCACAUCGUGGGUGCGUCUUGGUAGCGCUGCGGUGGACUGGGAAGAUGUCUUCUUCCAGUACUACACGCACCAUCGCCACGCGAGACAUGCAUUUCCGGUGCUCAGGGGUUUGCCCAUGUACCCUUGGGAUCACAGUAUCCAAUUCUGGACAGAGUCUCGCGUCGGAAAGAUCUUCAGGACAGGGCACAACGGGGAUGACAAGGCUAUCCACGAGCUACUUGGCAAGAAGUUGCCAGAUGGGUCAACUGAUGAGCUGCGCUGGAAGACGGUGCUGGAUACCAGCGUCACACCCUGGCUAUCCGGUCAUGCUCUUCAAGGACAGACUGUCUACCCUGCGGCUGGAUAUGUUGCUCUGGCCAUGGAGGCCGCCAUGGAGAUCGUGGCGGAUAAGCCCCAAGCUGUCGAGUGUAUUGAGCUGGCCGACCUGAACAUCUACAAGGCGAUUGCUGUGGAUGAGCGAGCCGGCACCGACAUGUACGUCUCGGUCACAGACAUUGUCGAGGCCCAGGAUGGCUCAAUCACGGCGCGAUUCUCCUGCCGGUCGCCGGCAGACAAAGAGUCAGGUCGGCUGGUCUGCAAUGCCAGAGGAACACUUAAACUUACCAUGACGCUUGACGACGAAAACAUGAAGUCUCUUAUGGAAGCCGGGCACGACAUGACCGCCGAAAGCUUCCCACUAGUUCCCCGAGAGACAACAAAAGGGCGCUUGGCCGACGUCAACCUCACACAGUUCUACGAGGCCCUCUCUACCCUCGGCUACGACUAUAGUGGUGUUUUCCAGGGCCUUGGACGUCUUCAACGACGCCUGGGAUUUGCCACAGGAACCAUCAACAACCCGCCUGCGGGAGAGUACAACAAAACGAGGCCCCUCCUAUUCCAUCCCGCCAUGCUGGAUACCGCUAUACACUCGCUCUUCUCAUCUUUUGGUGUUCCUGGAGACGGGACGUGGUCCUUGCAGGUACCAUCUGGGAUACGACGUGUCACUGUUGUUCCCCGUCUCUGCGGCGCAGCCCUGCCGGAGCAUAUUGACUUUGACUGCACAAUGUCUGGUGUUGACCGCAGCGGAAGCAUCGAUAUCCUGGCUGUCGACGGCACGAACAAGGCUAUCGAGCUUGACGGCCUGGACUUUGUACCCUUCUCCCCCUUCACCGAGAAGGACGACAAAUGUCUGUUCAGCAAGGUCACCUGGCAACUAUGCACGCCUGAUGGUGACAAGGUCGGUAGCCACCUCCCGACGGAAUGGGAUAACCAGAAGGUCAUCGAUCGGGAACGUGUGGCCUUUUACUAUCUGAGGACGCUUAAAGAGCGCACAUUCGACAAUGAGGUUAAAGUGCAAGACACGAUCGUGACCAAUACGGUCGAGCAACUCCUAGGAGCUUCGACUGAAGAUACCUCACUUCAUGUUACCUUACAGCCUCAUCAUCAGCACCUGCUCGACUUUGCUGAAAUGUGCGCUGGAAAGGUGGCUGCCAGGAAGGAUCCCAUUGCCGUCCCCGCCUGGAUCGACGAUACUCGAGACCAGAUCACGUCACUGAUCGAAUCUUAUGGCAAUGACCCGGAUUUCAACAUUAUGCGCGCCGUGGGUGAGAAUAUGCCGUCAGUGAUUCGAGGCGAGACCGCCAACAUCCUCGAAGUCAUGACCAAGGACAACAUGCUUGCCGACUUUUACUCCCAUGGUCUCGGCGGCGAGGCUGCCAACUCUGCGGUUGCGCUCAUGCUCCAGCAAAUCACCAAUCGCUUUCCGCACAUUGACAUCCUCGAGGUCGGUGCCGGCACAGGCGGCGCAACGUGGGAGAUCAUGGACCGCAACACGCCGUUUGCCACGUACACGUACACAGAUGUAUCGGCGGCCUUCUUUCAAAAGGCUGCGGAAAAGUUCGCCCGUCACAAGGACAAGAUGAUCUUCAAGGUCUUUGAUAUGGAGCGGCAGCCAGGUGAGCAGGGCUUCAUCGAGAACAAGUACGACGUUGUCGUCGCCUCGCACUGUCUGCACGCGACGCGCUCCCUUGAGAGAACCCUCUCCAACUUGCGGCGCCUUCUAAAGCCUGGAGGCUUUGUGGUGGUGCUUGAAGUUGUGCAGAUGGAUACGAUGCCCCUGGGGCUGAUCAUGGGCGGGCUUCCGGGCUGGUGGGCGGGACACGACGACGGCCGGGUGUACGGGCCCAACGUCACGCUGACGCGGUGGAAUAAGCUGUUGAAAAAGACGGGCUUCUCGGGUGUCGACACCUUCACGCCGAUGCUGAACCCGCGGCUGCAUACCGCCUCCAUCUUUUGCGCGCAGGCCGUAGACGAGAGGAUCAACCUGUUUCGGCGGCCGCUUGCGUCUGCCCCGGACGACGUAAACUUCCCACAUCUAGUCAUUGUCGGCGGGGACACCCUCGCGACGUCCGACAUGGUCGAGGAGCUGGAGGAGAUCCUGCGGCCACGGUGCCAGGUCCUAGUGGUGGUCUCUACCCUCGAGGAGCUGGAGGAGGUAAACCUCCCACCUCUGACGGCGGUGCUCAGCGUCGCCGAUCUCGACAGUCCCAUCUUCAAGGGCCUCACCGAGCAGCGAUGGAAGUGCCUCCAGCGCCUGCUGGGAUCUGCCAGCUGUAUGCUGUGGCUCACCCACGGCGCGCGGUGCGAGGAACCCGACUCUGGCACCAUGCUGGGCCUGCUGCAGUCCAUCUGGUACGAGCUGGAACACCUGCGGUCCCAACUGCUCGAGGUGGUCGACCUCAGGGACCUAAAGGCCCGGUUUCUGGCCCAUCUGAUGCUGCAGAUGCAAUUGGACCAGCAAUGGAAGAACGACACCCGGUUCGACAUGGACGCCGUCAUGUAUUCCAUUGAGCCGGAGUUGAUGCUGGAUGAAGGCGGCGUGCUGAAGGUUCUGAGGCAGAAACCGGAUCAGGAGGCCAAUGAUCGGUACAAUUCUGCAAAGCGGUCCAUUAAGAAGGAGGUCGACCUGGCGCGGAAAACAGUCGCGAUGACAUGGCAACAGAACUCGAGCCACUACAUCAUCAGAGAGCAGGAAGGUCUUCCCGCUGAUUAUAACGGUACUCUAUAUUGCGUACAGCUUUCGACUCUUUGCUCUAUCAAGACACCUGCCGGGCCUCUAUUCAUUUCCAUAAGUAUCGACGACGCCAGGAGCGGAGACGACGCAGAUGAAAAGAAAGUAUUGGCAGUCUUGAGUCAAAACGCGUCGACUGUCUCAGUUCCAGCACAAGCAGUUGUCCAACCCAUCAAGACAAGUGACUCUAUGACAGAUCAGGAGUACCUUAGUUUGGUUGUGGCUUAUAUUAUGAGCCAGUACGCCGUGUCAGCGUCGUCAAGGAGCAUAUCAAGGUCCUCCGGAACACUGAUCAUCCACGAGCCUCCUCCUGCCCUCGCAGCCAUGGUUGAGCAACAAAAAGAGCUUUCUCAUGCCAAACAGAGAGUCUUGUUCACUUCGUCUCACUCUUCCAAGGUGUCUGUCGGCCAAACAGACUGGGUACUUGUUCAUCCCCGUGUCUCCAGGAAGGCAUUACGAGCAGUCCUUCCCCAAGAUGUCGACGCCGUCUUGGAUUUCUCUUCUCAUUCCUCGGCGAACGAAUCUCUUGCAGCAUCUAAGCUCUUGGAUCUGUUCCCUCGAGCCCACAGGCUACAAGCCGCCGGUACCAUCUUUGAAUACGAAGCCGCAGACCUCGCGAACAUGGACCCUGAGAAUAUUGUUGAGCUGAAGGAAUUGCUUCAACAAGCGGACGAAUUUAUCUCAAAUCAUUUGACGGCUCUGCUUGCGACUGUACGACGGUACAGUCUGCAUCAGAUCUCAGCCCCGCUCACGGUCCCUGCCGCAGAUGCCCCCGGAAUCAACGUUUCCAAUAUCUCGCCAUUCACUCUCGCAGACUGGCGUUCUCGCCGCAAUGCCAUUUUGGCCACAGUUGAACCUGUGGAUACUCCAGCAAACCUCUUCCAGAGUAACAAGACAUAUUGGCUCGUCGGACUGUCAGGAGAUCUCGGUCAAUCUCUUGUGGACUGGAUGGCCGCACAUGGCGCCGCAAAUAUCGUCAUCAGCAGCCGCAGCGUCAACAAGAUGAUUCCGGAGGGCUGGAUAGAAGCCCACGCGGAGAGAGGCGUGACCAUCAAGCUGAUGGUGAACGAUGUGACCGACAUGGAUUCCCUACAGCGUGCCCGUACUGAAAUCGAGAGCACGCUGCCCCCAAUCCGCGGGGUUGCGAAUGGCGCCCUCGUCCUCCGCGACAGGCUUUUCAUCAACACCGACUUUGAUGUCUUCAACGAAGUCCUGCGCCCCAAGACGGUCGGCACUUCCAACCUUGACGCUCUCUUUACGGAACGUGACUCGCUCGACUGGUUUGUAGGCUUCACCUCCAUCGUUGCCGUGGUCGGCAACUACGGACAGGGCGCCUACAGCGCCGGCAACAACUUUGUCAAGGCUCUCAUCAACCAGCGCCGCGCCCGCGGCCUCCCGGGCUCUACCAUUGACAUCUCCACCGUCCGUGGAGUUGGCUACGUCGAGCGAGAGCAGAAAGCAGGCGUCAUGACCGCCAAGAUGGUUGAGCGCAUCGAGAACGGCGCAAUGCCCAUGAGCGAGAGCGACCUCCACCAGCUCUUUGCCGAGGGCAUCAUGGCCGGGCGGCCGGGGUCGGGCCGCCACGGCAACCUGACGUCGGGGAUCCAGACGGUGCGCAGCGACAAGGUCAACCUGACCUUUUGGGCCAACAACCUCAAGUUUUCUCACUUUGUAAAGGAGGUGGGCUUGGGCACGGCGGCGGACGGCGGCGGCGGCGCAAACAGGGUCUCGGUGCGGGCGCUGCUGGCAGAGGUGACGACGAUGCAGCAGGCCUUCAAGGUGAUCCGGACGGCUUUCACGGCCAAGCUCAACGCGACGCUGCAGCAUCCUGCCGAGCAGACGAUGCCGGACUCGCAGGCCCUGAUCGACCUCGGCAUGGACUCGCUGGUCGCAGUCGAGGUCCGCACGUGGUUCCGUCAGGAGCUCGCGAUGGAUAUGCCGAUGCUUAAGAUCCUGGGUGGCGCGACCAUCGUGGAGCUGGUUGAUGACGCCGUGGACAAGAUUUCUCCGGAUCUGUUGCCCAAGGUCCAGCGUACGGAAGCCCAUGUUUCCGUGUUGGCUUCGGGAGACGAAUCUAUCCCGCAGAACGAGGCGUCACCCGUAGGAGAAGACGUCGGUCAAGAUGUCAUGAAAGAGAAGAAGACCGACCAAGUCAGAGCCGACGAUUCUGAAGAGGAUAAGGACAAUCUUGACCUCGAGACCAAACGAAGGUUCACCACAGGUUCCGACUCGACAAUUCCGCCAUCUGAACCUUUCAGUCCAUCUGCCACGUCUUUCACGACAACCGCGACCCCUGCCGACACAGAGGCGGCAGAUGAGAAGGGAUUCGGCCGUGAUGAGGUUGUAACUACAGAGACAACAAUGAUGGAUGCAAAGGUCGGGGCGGAACUCGCCAUAAUUCCAACCAACUUCAAGCCCGAAAUCGAGAGGACAGAACCGGUUUCCUAUGGCCAGUCCCGCUUUUGGUUUCUGAGACAAUAUCUUGACGAUCCUUCGACAACGAACGUCACAUUCUACUUCCGCAUCACCAGCCCCUUUAGUGCUUCUGGGCUACGCGAGGCGCUCGCGCGCUCUUGUCAGCGCCAUGAAGCCCUGCGGACCUGCUUCUUCGUCAAGGAUGACACCCCGGUCCAAGGCAUCAUGGCUAAGCCCACCAUCCAGAUGGAACACUACCAUGUAUCCUCCCACGCAGAGGCCCACGCGUACUUUACCGCCUUGAAAAGCCACAACUAUGCACUUGAGCAGGGCGAUACCCUUCGCCUCGUCCUCUGCGAGGAGUCUCCAACGUCGUGGUAUUUCCUCCUCGGCUAUCACCAUAUCGUCAUGGACGGCUUCAGCUGGGAGAUUCUCUUUGCCGAACUACAGAGCUACUACCGCCGAGGUUACAUCCCGCCCGUGACCCGCCAGUACGCCGACUGGGCGGUGCGCCAGCGCAGCAACGUGACGGGCGGCCUGGCCCUGGCUUCGGCGAGGAAACACUGGCGUGGCGCGUUUGCCGCCCUCCCGCCCGUGCUGCCACUAUUCCCGAUGGCAAAGGUCGCGGCGCGCUCGACACUCAAGACAUACCAAGUCCACAGGGCCAGCGUGACCCUCGCGGGCCAUGUCGCGCAGCAUGUACGCCAGGCAGCCCGGGCAGGUAAAGCCACGCCCUUCCACGUCCACCUCGCCGUCUUCCGAACGCUCCUGUUCCGCCUGACCGGCGAGGCCGACCUGUGUAUCGGCAUGGCCGACGCAGGUCGCUCGGACCCGGCGGACGCAAACGUCAUCGGGUUACUCCUCGACCUCCUGCCGCUGCGUUUCGGCGCAGGGGGCGGCGACGCGCGGGACCAGUCCUUUGCCGCUGUGCUGCUCGACGUCCGCGCAGCCGUCUACGCCGCGGCCGCGCACGCGGGUGUGCCGUUCAACGUGCUGCUGGACGACGUGGGCGCGCCGCGGUCGACGGCGUGGCACCCGCUCGUGCAGGCCUUGAUCGAGUAUCGCCCCGCGAGGCGGAUCGAGUUCGCCGGGAUCCGUGGCGAGGUACCACCGGGGGAGAAUACUGCCUUUGCCAAGGGACCGUAUGAUAUCGAGCUUAAUAUCCUCGAGGGCUACGAUGGCGACGUGACGGUAUCUGUCGGCCUUCAAUCCGCACUCUACAGCGCAGAGGCGGUGGGAUUGGUGCUCAGGUGUUAUAUGACGCUUCUCGAGUCCUUGGUUCGCCCCGGGAACGAGGACAUGAGGGUGGCGGCGGCGGAGUUUUGGCCACGGGGAGAUAUCGAUGCUGCCCUGGAGCUUGGGACAGGGAAGUUGGUGACUCUGAGCUCAAGCCAGGAUCUUGACACCAGGACGAUCCCGCACCUCCUUGACAAAAUGGUGAACAAAUACCCAGACAGGGCGGCGAUCAAGGAUACCCUCGGUACGAGUCUCUCAUACAUGGCCAUGUCGCAACGUGUCAUGGCAAUUCAGGGUGCUCUCGAAGCUCGGGGGGUUCAGCCAUUGACGAAGGUGGCUGUUCUUCUGUCCCCAUCGGUGAACUGGGCUUGUGCUCUGCUGGCCGUCUUACGAAGCGGUGCGACAUAUGUCCCGCUGGACUGCACUCAGGGGCCCAUGAGAUUGCAGCAGAUCAUCCAAGGAUGCUCUCCAUCGACAAUCAUCAUCGACUCCUCUUCCCUCCAGUAUCUGGAUGAGUUGCAGCUGAAGAACAACAAUGCCACCAUCGUCAACAUGAGUGACCUAGAUGGCGAGUCCCCCCACACGACUAUGGUAUCUACACCAGAGAAUCUAGCCGAUCCCGAACAGCAAGCCGUGAUUCUUUUCACAAGCGGAACAACCGGAUCGCCAAAGGGAACCCUUCUGCAACACGGCGCCCUGAUGAACGUCACUCAGGGCAUGACACGGGAGUUUGGUGUUGAUCCUGACCACUCACCUCAGAUUGUCCUUCAGCAAUCCGCGCUAAGCUUUGACAUGUCCCUGGAGCAGCUUUUUCUGGCUUGGGGUGUUGGGGGCACAGCUCUCAUCGCCGAUGCCUCGAUACGCGGCGACUCGCGGGCCCUGAUGAAAGCUGCCGUGGACGGAGGUGUUACCAUGACCAAGGCCACGCCGCCCGAGUACGUGUCUUGGUUACGUUACGGCUGCGACUACGUCCGGCGGAACGAGACGUGGGAGUUCUUACUCGCCGGUGGGGAUCGGUUGACGAGGGGUAUCAAGGACGACAUGCGCAGCCUCGGGAUGGACCGCGUGCGCAUAUUCAACUCGUAUGGUCCUGCCGAGGCCACAAUUAUCGCGACCAAGAUGGAGCUGCUUGAUCAUCAUUUCGGUCAGGGCGACGCGGCAAACUCUAUUCCCACCGGCUACCCGCUUCCCAACUACUCGCUCUAUAUCGUCGAUGGUGACUUCAAUCUCCUCCCUACCGGGCUCUCAGGAGAGAUCCUGAUUGGCGGCCAUGGCGUCGCUUUGGGCUACGUCGGUCUCGAUAGCGACGAAGACUCGAGGCUCACAAAGGCGGCCUUCCUUCUCAGCCCAUGGGCGAGUCCAGAGUACGUAAGGAAUGGCUGGACUAAACUCUACCGCACUGGCGACAGGGGCCAUCUGACCCAACGUGGCGAGCUGGUGUUCGAUGGCAGGAUCGCAGGCGACACGCAAGUCAAGCUCCGUGGGAUACGGUUGGACCUGCGGGACGUCGAGGCAAACAUCGUGCGAUUCUCAGAAGGCGCCGUAUCCGAGGCUGUCUGCUCCCUUCGAGGCGAGACGGCCGCCACAAGUUUUAUCGUGGCACACGUUGUGCUUGCUACCAGUGCUGUCUCUGGCAACGACUGCCACGAAAACGUACAGGGUAACGAAGGUCCAGAGAGAGCGGAAGACAUGGAAAAGGUUGAUUUUCUGAGGCGUUUGCGGGACAAACUUCCCAUCCCGCAAUACAUGAAGCCCGCAAGACUCAUCCCGUUGCCGACCAUACCCAUGACGGUGCACGGAAAGAUUGAUCGCGUAUAUAUCGCGGCCAUGCCGUUGCCUGACGCAGCCACUGACUGGUCUACCGUUGGCCAUCGCGAGCUGACAGAUGUCGAGAACAGGAUCGGGGCCGUGUGGGAGCGCUUGCUGCCCCGAGAGACGUUGCCAUCGCCUCUGAGCCCGUCCUCGGACUUUUUCAUGCUGGGCGGCAACUCACUCAUGCUUGUAGAGGUGCAAGCGCAUAUCCGAGCCGAUCUCAGCGUCGACAUCUCUUUGCGUGAUCUGUACCAGUGUGCUAUUCUCUCAGAAAUAGCCGCCAAGGUGGAUGAGUUGAUGGCUGUGCAGGCGUUGGACUGGGAAGCCGAGACGACUCCACCGCGUAUGGGAGAACUUGUCGAUGCCUCCUUCAGCGAAGAGGUCACUGUUCAAACGGAAACGAAGUCAGGUCAUGUGGAGAUCAUUCUGACGGGUGCAACCGGUCAUCUGGGACCAUACAUCCUCACACGCUUGCUGUCGAAUCCCGCCAUCACAAAGAUUCACUGCAUUGCUGUUCGUGAUCCUCAAAAGCUCCAGGCGCUCCUUGCAAACAGCAGCAUCACCGCGGGAGUAGACGCAGCAGACAGGGUCAUAAUCCACCCCGGCGACCUGACCCAACCGGACCUGGGGCUCACUCCCGACACCCUCGCCCGUCUUGCCACCACUGCAGCAGCCAUUAUUCACGCCGGCGCCGCCCGCCUAUCCUGGGAGACCUACGCCGUGCUGCGUCCCGUGAACCUGGAUCCCACACACGCCCUGCUGCGCCUCGCGGGCCGGCGGCACAUCCCCGUCCACUUCGUGUCCAGCGGCGGCGUCUUCCCGGCCACGCACGCGCCGCUCGAGAUGACCGCCGCCGAGCACAUACCCCCCGCGCUCGGCGCCGACGGCUACAUCGCGACAAAAUGGGCCGCCGAGCGCAUGCUGGAGCGGGCCGCCGCCGGAGGCCCGGGGGAAACUGAUUCUUCCGAGGCUGGUCUCGGCGUCCCCGUACGUAUCUACCGCACUGUGCGGUGCGCCGGGGAAGACCCGACGUCAAGGUUUGGUGAUGAGUUGCCCGAGGACAUUGCCGCUGCUAUGGCGGCGGCGAGCGUCGAGAGCAUGACUAUGCUCGACCACGGCGGGUAUGCGUGGUCGGGAUGGUUUGAUCUCGUGUCUGUCCACGAGGUCGCAGACCGCAUCUGCGAUGCCGUUGCGAGGGAUUUGCCAUUCCAUGCCGACCCCGACGAAGAGACGGCAGAGGGUACGUGUGAGCCCGCCCUGCCACACGUCGCGUACACAAACAUCGUGGGAUCGUACCGCGUGUGGAAGGUGGACCAGUUGCAUCAGCUCGUGCUGCGCCCCGAGAUCCAGGCCAACAUGGGCAGGUUCAAGAUGGUGCCCCCGCAGAUCUGGCUGGGGGUGCUGAAGCGCUCGGGUUUCCCGUGGAUGAUGGGUGCCAGUGAGGCGGCAUAUAAGGACUGGGUUCAAAAUCGGCGUUAA